AUGCCAUGCACUAUCACAACAUGUCAAGCCAUUUUCCAUGGAAAAUGUCUAAACGCAGACGAGAGUGAGUUCGAAGCACUGAGGGCAAUACGAAAAAAUUUUGUAUGCCCGAAAUGUGAAAAGGCUCGGAAAAAUAUCCAACCGACAGACAAGUGCCUUAGCCCGCCAAGAUCGGCGCCACAACAACAAACUGUCGACAGCACGUCACAACUGCUACUUGCUGCCAUUAAAAAUCUAACAGAAGAGGUCAAAGGAUUAAAAUUCUCCCUCGAUGCCAAUGCUAACGAGGGUGCAAGGGCCAAACAUGGUCCGGCUUCCAAGGACGAAUCGCCCUCUGCAAAGGUUUCUAGGAAAUAUUUUACCCAAAUGGAGCCUCCCUCUGGGCCACCAGCUAUAGACGUAGGGGUCUCUCGAGACCCGACGCCUAAGGCUGCGGUGACCCUUGGACUAGCUUCAAAGAAGGGCAAAAGAUAA